CACGACUGCUGCUGCUAUGGACCUGGCUCACACUUCUGUGUGGCCUGUGUACAGCCAGUUCCCGAGGAAAGGAGUUUGUUACAGCAUUCAUGCACAACAGCUGGCCAAGCCAACCCAACCCUCAGUUUCAGCUGCUUAUCACUGGGUAUCAUCCUGCGACCACUGUCACUGUGACAGCAAACAAGUCGACCUUCCGCAAAACCAUUUCUGUCAAUCAGGGACAGACAGUGUCAGUUGUGCUCCCAACCUCCAUAGAGAUGGCGGGGACGGAUAUCUUAGAUAAGACAGUGCUGAUCCAAGCAGAUAAAGACAUCUCUGUCUUCUCCUUCAGCUACAAGACCAGCACAAGUGGUGGCACCAUGGUGUACCCAGUGCAGCAGUUGGGAACACUGUAUUAUGUGGUAACCCCAGCAGGUGACUUGUCCAACACUUUCAAGGAAUUCACAGUUGUAACUUACCAAGCUCCUGCAAAAGUUGAUAUUCACUUGACAGGGGCUGUGGUAUUCAGAGGGCGAGUUUAUCCAGCAGGCAGCAGGCUUGUUGCCAACCUCCAAGCCUUCCAAGCAAUCGAGCUGCAAAGCUCAGUUGACUUAUCUGGCACCAGGAUUGAAUCCACAGAACCCGUGGCUGUCUUGAGCGGGCACAGCUGUGCUGUCAAAAACACAGGCUGUGACUAUGCCGUUGAACAGCUGUUGCCUGUUCCAAGCUGGGGUACUACCUUCAUUGUCCCACCAAUGUCGUUCCAAAAUAGAUUUGACAUAGUCUAUAUCAUUGCUUCCCAAAAAACCUGCAUCAAGUACCAUUCUGGGUCUGCACAGAGCUCCCGUAAUGUAAUCGCCGGACAAGUUAUCCAGUUGGAAGUACAGGCUUCUCGGCCGCUUUACAUAUCUGCUGAUGUCGGACUUCAGGUUCUGUUCUUCUUCACCGGUGUCCCAACAGGAAAUGGAGCCUACGAUCCAUUCUUCAUCAAUAUUCCAGAUGUAUCAAGCUAUUGCAGGUUGUAUCACAUUGAUGGGAUGAGAAACUUUGAGAAUUAUGCCGUCAUCAUAGCCAAAACUUCAGAAACCAAUGGGAUCACGUUAGAUAAGAGAGCCAUUGGAAGCAUCCUAUGGAGACCAGUCCCUGGCACAGAAUAUUCUUGGGCUCAACCCAGGCUGGGCACCGAAGCUCGGGCCUCCUUCCUAGAGCACCCCAGCACUCCCUUUGGGCUCCUUGUCAUUGGAGGUACAUUCUAUGAUGGCUAUGGCUCUGUGGCCCUUUGUGCCUGCGGCAAACCAGUGCCCACCUGCAGUUCAAUCCAAUGCAGAAAGAAGGAGAAAUGCGAGGUCAUCGAUGGAGAACCAAUAUGUGUGCCAGAAUCUGAAUCUACUUGCUGGGCACAGGGAGACCCUCACUAUCACACCUUUGAUGGGAGAAACUUUGACUUCAUGGGCACUUGUACCUACACCAUUGCCAAGACCUGCGGAUCAAAUGCAUCUCUUCCUUUCUUCAGUGUCGUGGCCAAGAAUGAGAACAGGGGCAACACUCGAGUUUCCUACGUUGGUUCUGUGGCUGUCGAGGUCUACAACACCACCAUUUCAGUAGCCAGAAGAGAAAUUGGAUUUGUGAGGGUGAAUAACCAGCGUUCCCGGUUGCCCAUCUCCUUGUAUGAUGGGAAACUGCGCAUCUAUCAGAGUGGGAACACUGUCAUUAUUGAGACAGACUUCUCCUUGAAGGUCUCUUAUGAUUGGAACAGCUACCUGGUGGUGAAGAUCUCCAGCAGCUUCUUCGAGAAUAUUUGUGGCCUGUGUGGUAACUACAAUCAAAAUCCAGCUGAUGACUUCCAAACCCCUAGUGGCGCACUGGCUCCAACCCCUGUAGAGUUUGGGCGAAGCUGGAAGGUGGAAGAUGGUGACAGGUUCUGCUGGGAUGACUGCCACGGAGAAUGCAAAAGCUGCCCACCAGAGACGGCCAACAAGUACAAAGCUGAGCCAUUCUGUGGCUGGAUUAGCAAAGGAACAGGUGGCCCGUUCAGCCAGUGCCAUUCUGUAAUCGACCCCAAUAUCUUUCUGGAGAACUGCGUCUAUGACCUUUGCAUGAAUGAUGGCUUCAAGGAUUUUCUGUGUGAAGCACUGAAGAACUAUGCAGACACCUGCCAGAAAGCAGGAGUUACCAUCUCCGACUGGAGGACACCCACUGGUUGCUCUUUACCCUGUCCAGAAAACAGCCAAUACAAGGCUUGCGGGUCUGCAUGUCCUGCCACUUGCAACGACCAAGCUACUCCUGCCAACUGUUCCUCACUGCCUUGCGUGGAGUCCUGCCAAUGCAAUGAGGGCUUUGUGUUGGAUGCUGGAAAAUGCAUCCCCCAGUCUGCCUGUGGGUGCAUUUUUGAAGGGAAACUCUUUGCCCCCAAUGAGCAGUUCUGGGGAGAUGACACCUGCACACGACGUUGUGUCUGUAACCCGCAGUCCAGGCAAGUGACCUGCCAGGCAUCCAGCUGCCGGAGAGGAGAGCAAUGCCGGGUGGAGGACGGCAUCCAAAACUGCUACCCUAUCAGUUACGGCACUUGCUCUGCUUCAGGAGACCCUCACUACAUCAGCUUUGAUGGCCUAAGGUUUGACUUCCAAGGCACCUGCAUGUAUCAGUUCACCGGGCUUUGUGAGAACAGAGCAGAUCUGGUGAAUUUCCAGGUGCUCGUUCAAAAUGACCAUCGAGGUAGCCAAUCGGUGUCCUUCACCCGAGUCGUGGAGAUCAAUGUUUACGACACAGACAUAGUGAUUAGCAGAGAAAACCCUGGCAAAGUCUUGGUGAACGGCUUGUUGAUCAACCUGCCGUACAGCACAAAAAGCAACAAGAUCUCCCUGUAUAGGAGAGGGCAAGAUGCUGUAAUCCAGACCGAUUUCCAGCUGACUGUCACCUUUGACUGGCAAAGCCGGGUCACCGUGACUGCGCCCAGCACCUAUGCCGGAGCCCUUUGUGGUCUCUGUGGGAACUUCAAUGGCAACAAGCAAGAUGAAAUGACCAUGAAAGAUGGCGUGGUGGCCCCAACUCCAUCAGCAUUUGGUCAGAGCUGGAAAGUGCGGGAGAUACCAGGCUGCACUGAGGAUGAUAAAGGAGAGUGCUCUAAUCUACCAGCCAUUGAGAGACACCAACGGGAACUCAGCAGGGAGUGUGGGCUCAUCCUAGACAAGAACGGCCCUUUCAGAGAAUGUCACAGCAAAGUUGAUCCAGAGGGAUACUUCCAUGAUUGUGUGUACGAUUACUGCUUCUUUGAAGGCCAGCAAGCCGUGAUUUGCCAGGUCAUCGAAAGCUACGCCGCUGCCUGCCAAGCAGCUGGGGCGACCAUCCAUGCCUGGAGAUCCGAAGCUUUUUGUAGCCUUCCUUGUACUCAAAAUAGUCACUACGAGCUCUGUGCCAGAGGUUGUGCCCAGACUUGUGGAAGCCUCUAUGCUCCAGUCCUUUGUCCAGCCGAGUGCCAGGAAGGCUGUGUGUGUGAUGAGAACUUUGUGCUGAGUGGUGAUCAGUGUGUCCCGAUAUCCCAAUGUGGCUGCCACCAUCAAGGACACUAUUACACGGCAGGAGAGACUUUCUACCCUACAUGCCAGGAGCGUUGUUUAUGCCAAACUGGUGGGACUGUGAAAUGUCAAGCAUUCUCCUGCGGCCCUUAUGAAGAAUGCAAGUUGUCGAAUGGGAUCUUGAAGUGCCACCCCAUUGGCAACGCUACCUGUUCUGCUUCUGGGGACCCUCACUAUGUUUCCUUCGAUGGAUUCCGCUUUGAUUUCCAGGGCACCUGCACAUACACCCUGGUUAAGUCUACCACAAGCAGCACCACAUUGAUACCCUUUACUAUAAAUGUAGAGAACGAGGCCUGGGGGAACGGGAAGGUCUCGGUGACCAAGAUGGUCUCUGUCAACGUCUAUAACAUCACACUCACAUUACUGCAGAACAAGAAAGGACAAGUAAAAGUGAAUGGUGUGUUCCAGCCUCUCCCAGUGACUCUUUCUGGUGGACAACUCAGAGCCUAUCAGCAUGGCACUAAAGUUGUGAUCCAAACUGACUUUGGCCUCUACGUGAGCUAUGACUUGGUUUACGAUGUCAGAGUCACUGUCCCAGGGAGUUACCAAGGCCAAGUUAGUGGCCUGUGUGGGAACUACAACGGGCGUAAAGAGGAUGAUCUCCUGCUCCCUGAUGGGAGGGUGGUCUCUGAUGUGGCAGUAUUUGGAGCAGCUUGGAAAGUGUCAGUCCCUGGAGCGACUGGGUCCUGCUCUGAUGGAUGCUCUGGGAAUAACUGCCCAGUCUGUGAGGAGAGGAAGAAGGACAUUUUCAAACAAAGCAACUACUGCGGGCUACUCAUCGCCGCAGAUGGUCCCUUCAGAGCUUGCCACAGCAAAGUGAACCCUAAUGUUUAUUUCAAUAACUGCAUCUAUGAUCUUUGCCUGGGCAAUGGGGAUAGCCAUGUUUUAUGCAAGAGUAUUGAGAGUUAUGUGUCCUCUUGCCAAGAAGCUGGGGUCUCUGUCCAGCCCUGGAGAAAUCCAUCCUUCUGUCCUCUGAGUUGCCCAGUCAAUAGCCACUACGAGAUCUGUGCCGACCUCUGCGCCACCACUUGUGCCAGGAUCACAGACCCCAGAACAUGUCCAGAAACCUGUGCUGAGGGUUGCCAAUGUGACAAAGGCUUCUUCUUCGAUGGCCUCAACUGUGUUACUGCAGAACACUGCGGGUGCUUCCAGAAUGGACGCUACUACAAGCCCAAUGAGAAAGUUCUGCUGAAUGGAUGCCACCACAUCUGUACCUGCCUUCCAGGCCAGGGGGUGAUCUGCCAGGCCCACAGUUGUGCCACUGAUGAGACCUGUGAGAUUCGGGAUGGAGUCGUGGGUUGCAUUAAUAAAGAUCCUUGCAAAGCUUUGAAAUGUCGGCCCAAGGAAACAUGCAAAGUGGAGAACAACCAAGCUAUCUGCGUCCCUGACUUCACAGCGAGCUGCUGGGGCUGGGGUGACCCACACUACCACACCUUUGACGGGGUGAACUUUGACUUCCAGGGCACCUGCACUUACACCAUUGCCAAGUACUGUGGAAAUGACUCCACCCUAGUACCUUUCUCUAUAGACGAGAAGAAUGACAACAGGGGAAACCAGGCAGUGUCCUACGUGCGGCUGGUCAACAUCUAUGUCUAUGGAUACAAGAUCUCCAUCUACAAGCAGGAGACUGGGAGAAUCAGGUUAAAUGAUGAAAUCACCAGUCUGCCGGUGACUCUUGAAAAUGGCAUGAUUAGGAUUUACUCGAACGGCCUCAACGCUAUCCUGCAAACAGAUUUUGGCCUCCAAGUGACCUACGACUGGAACUGGCAUUUGACCCUGAGCAUCCCCAGCAGUUAUUAUGGGUCCAUGUGCGGGCUGUGUGGCAACUUCAAUCAAAACCCUGCUGAUGACAUGACCUAUCUCAAUGGUACUAUGGCCUCCUCCAUCGUGAGCUGGGCAAGCAGCUGGAAAGUCCCGGACAGGGAUCCCUUCUGCUGGGAUUUCUGCCGAGGGAAUUGCCCGACCUGCAGCGAGAACAAAAGAGAACUGUAUGGCAGCCAACAGUACUGUGGAGUGAUCAGCCAAACCACAGGAGGGCCCUUUAGAGACUGUCACGCCAGAGUGAAUCCGAACGACUUCUUUGAUAGCUGCAUUUAUGACGUGUGCCUAAACGGAGGAGCCAAGGAUAUCCUCUGCCAAGCACUGGAGGCCUAUGCUACUACCUGUCGGAAGGCAGGUGCUACUGUGUAUGAUUGGAGGACACCUUCUGGCUGUGCUUUGCCCUGCCCCGAGAAUAGCCACUACGAGGCUUGUGGAAACGCCUGUCCAGCCAGCUGUUCCGACCGCACUGCCCCCUCCUCCUGUAAACAGCCCUGUGUUGAAACCUGCCAGUGCAAUGACGGCUUUGUCCUCAGUGUCGACAAGUGUGUGUCUGUUGGGAGCUGUGGCUGUACAUACAAUGGGCUCUACUACAAGCCCGGGGAAGAAUUCUGGGCCGACGAGAACUGUGGAUCUCGCUGCAAGUGUGACCCCAGCCUGGGCAUUGUGGUGUGCCACCCAGCUGGCUGCAAAGCCAAUGAAAGAUGCACCGUGGUCAACGGGGUCCGAGGCUGUAACCCCGUCAGCUUUGCUACCUGCUCAGCAUCCGGGGACCCUCACUACACCACUUUUGAUGGGAAGAGAUACGAUUUCAUGGGCACCUGUGUUUACCAGCUGGCGGGACUGUGCUCCAGCGACCCAACCCUCAAAGCUUUCAGCGUCAAAGUGCAGAACAACAACCGAGGCAACACGAAAGUAUCUUACACCAAAGUGGUGACUUUGGAGGUCUACAAUACAACCAUUGUGCUGAGCCAGGAGUAUCCACGUAGAAUCCAGGUCAAUGGAAUCUUUGAGAACCUGCCUUUCUACCAGGAAAGCAAGAUUCAGGCCUACAUCAGUGGUGCCCACGCCUUCAUCAAGACUGAUUUUGACCUGACAGUCACCUUUGACUGGAACAGCUACGUCAGGGUCAUCGUUCCCAAUACCUAUGCCAAUGCCACUUGUGGCCUCUGUGGCAACAACAACCUGAACCCCAACGACGAUUUGACCAUGAAGAACAGGAGCCAAGCAACCAGCAUUUCCCAGUUUGCAGAGAGCUGGAAGGUGGCUGAAGUCCCCGGUUGCUCAGGAGGAUGCACUGGGAAGGAUUGUCCGGCAUGUGAGGAGGCCCAGAAACAGACUUACAAGGGUGACCGCUACUGCGGGAUCCUCAUUAAAAAUGAUGGGCCAUUCAGGCGAUGCCAUGGAACCAUUGCUCCGGAAUCCUACUUUAACGAUUGCGUCUUUGACACCUGCCAGUACCAUGGCAAUCAUGACACUUUGUGCAAUGCCAUCAGUAUCUAUGUGGCAGCCUGUCAAGCCCUGGGCAUCCAGAUUGACGAGUGGAGAUCAGGAUCCUUCUGCAGUCCCAGAUGCUCACAAGACUCUCACUACGAACUCUGUGGAAAUGGCUGCCCUGCUACAUGCUUCGGGCUCUCAGCUCCAGAGAGGUGCGAGGUAUCUUGCAAAGAAGGAUGCUACUGCGAUGCUGGGUUUCUCCUGAGUGCAGGCCAGUGUGUUCCUAUUGGGAAUUGUGGUUGUGUGCACCAAGGCAAGUACUACAAGAAGGAAGAGGUUUUCUACCCCACCGCCUCCUGUCAGGAGCAAUGUCGCUGUACGAACAGUGGAGUAGUUGAAUGCCAGAAUGUCUCCUGUGGAGCUCAUGAAGAAUGUAGGGUGGAGAACGGCAUCCAAGGCUGCCAUCCCGUGGGCUGCGGCCGAUGCAGUUUAACCGGAGGCUCCCACUACUUGACUUUUGAUGGACGAACCUACAGUUAUCAAGGUGCCUGCACUUACACUUUAGUAAAAGUCCACAGAAGGGAUUCUCAGCUGGUAAACUUCUCUGUGUCAAUAGAGAAUGAGCGUUCUGACAAUGGGCGUGUCACCUCAACAAAGACGGUUAUAGUGUCUUUUCAUGGAUACACCAUUGUACUCGAGAGAGCAAAACCAUGGCAGGCCAAGGUGGAUGGAGAGAUCUAUACCUUGCCAUUGAGAAGAGACAAUGGGAAACUUUGGAUCAACCAAGAAGGGAACAAUAUUGUAGUACACUCUGACUUUGGACUCAGUGUUCUUUAUGAUACAUCCUCUUACGUCUUCAUUUCUGUGCCUGGCAACUAUCAAGGAUAUGUGAAUGGCCUCUGUGGCAAUUUCAAUCAAAACAAGGCCGAUGACUUCAUUCUGCCCGAUGGAAAAGCCACUCAGAAUGUGGAGGAGUUCGGAGCUUCUUGGAAGGUCCCAGUUGAAGGUGCCAUUUGCUCUGACAGCUGUGGUGAGAAAUGCCCCGUCUGUGAUGCCACCAAGACAGCACCCUUCCGACCAGAGAAUUCCUGUGGAAUGAUCCAAGCUGCAUCAGGCCCGUUCAGAGAGUGUCACUUGCUGGUGAACCCUGCUGAAUAUUUCAACCGGUGUCUGUAUGACAUGUGUGCAGCCGAUGGGACAGGGCAGACCCUCUGCCAAAGCCUUCAGGCAUAUGCCGCUGCCUGCCAAACAGCUGGGGCUACAAUUGGAGCCUGGAGAACAAACAACUUCUGCCCUCUCACCUGCCCACCCAAUAGCCAUUACGAACUAUGUACGAGGACUUGCGAUUUCACUUGCACCAGUGUAUCCACUCCAGUGCAGUGUGCAACGAAAUGCUUUGAAGGCUGCCAGUGUGAAAACGGUUACCUGUUUGAUGGCAAUUCAUGCGUGGCCAUGGAGAACUGCGGUUGUGUGCAUGAUGGGCGAUACAUCAAGGUUGGAGAUAGCAUCAUCUUAGAUGGCUGCUUGGAGAAAUGUACCUGUGGAGCUUGGGGUCAGCUGAUUUGUGAGGAAAUCAGCUGUCAGGUUGGAGAGAUCUGUGCCCUCCGUAAUGGCAUGCGAGGUUGCAUAGGACAGAAGGGCGAGUGUAUUCUCACCCCUGGAGCACGGCUGACUUCCUUCGAUGGCGCCUCUGGGGAAAUCCUCCACAAGGGGGUUUAUGAAGUGGCCUCCCAUUGCAACGAAAGUGACCCUCUUUGGUUCAGGGUGAUAGUUGUCGUCCAGGAAUGCGGCAGCUGGGAUUUGCCAGCUGUAUCGACAGUACAUGUGUUCUUCCGGGGAGCUUUCAUCACUCUGAAAAAGGAUAAGGAGACAUGGGUCAACGGGCACCGAGUAGAGCUCCCGGUGGCUUUUGAAGAUGUGGCCGUAAACCUCUCCCAGGAUGGGGUUGUGAUCGAUUUGGCCUCUGAAGUUCACAUUCUCCUCAGACCCUGUGGGGAAAUGCUGGUGCAAGUCAGCGAUACCUUUGAGGGAAAACUGUGUGCCUCCUGUGGGAACUUCAAUGGGAAUCGUGUCGAUGACCUGAGGCUGCCCGGUGGAAAAGUUGCAGGAAACAUUGCAGAGGUUGUUGAUGCCUGGAAGGCCAAAGACUUCUCUGGCUGGCAAGGAAUGCCAAUUGCUCCUGCCUUCCUGAUAGCCAGCCUGCUCCCAAGGACUUUUUCCUCGAGUCCUUUAGGGAAAGAGUUUGCCACAGCUUUCAUGCAGAACGGCUUGCAACGAACCUCACAAGGGGAUUUUGCACUGAUGAUCUCAGGCUAUGCUCCUGACACGUCUGUCACCAUCUCUAUGAAGCGGCCAGCACUGAGAGCAGUGGCAAGGAUUAAUGAUGGUCAGACCCUGUCUGUGAAAAUCCCACGUGAAGCAGAGAUGGUUGGAACCGGUUUAUUUGACAGCACAGUCAUUGUCCGGGCCGACAAAGAUAUCUCCAUCCUCUCUAUUAGCAGUAAACCCAAUUCAGCUGAUACUACCAUUGUCUAUCCCGUGACAAGCUUAGGAACAGAGUAUUACAUCAUCACUCCAACUGUAGGUACAGAUCGCUACAGAGAGUUUGCCAUCAUUGCUUUGGAGGAGCCCACAUCCAUUGAUGUCUACCCCAAAGGAACUGUUACUUUUCAGGGGAAAACAUAUUACCGUGGGAACAAGAUCCCUAUUGCACUAAGUCCUUACCAAGCUGUCCAGCUACAAAGUGAGGUGGAUGUCUCUGGCACUCGAAUAGUCUCUCAGAAACCAGUGGCUGUCUAUAGCGGCCACACAUGCGUCUCUAGACAACUCCAUUGCGACCAUGUUUCUGAGCAGCUGUUGCCGGUUUCUAGCUGGGGUACCACCUUCAUCGUCCCGUCUCUACCCUUCGACACAGAGUAUGACAUAGUGUAUGUUUCUACUUCCCAAAACACUCGUGUCAUUGCUCAGACUGGAGAAAGCAGGAGCAUCCGGAAUGUGGCUGCUGCUCGAGCAAUCCUGCAUGGCAUUCAAGGCUCCACCGCCAUGUCCCUCUCCGCUAGCUCGGGCAUUCAAGUUACCUUCUUCAGUGAUGGUGGCACUCACGGCAACCUCCAUUUUGACCCUUUCUUCAUGGCAAUCCCCGAUGUCUCUAGCUACUGUCAGGCCUACAACAUCUAUGCGCAUGACCACUUUGAGAACUAUGCACUGAUCAUUGCCAAAUCUUCGGAGACUUCUGGGAUCACUUUAGAUAAGAGACCACUGAGAAAUCUCCAGUGGAGUCCGGUUUCUGGCACGGAAUUCUCCUGGACGUCACACAGAUUAGGCCAGAGAUAUGCAGUCCACACAGUGGAGCACCCCAGCUCCCUCUUUGGGCUGCUGAGUGUUGGAGUUGGAAAUGAGAAGGCAUACGGCUCCCCAGCAGUUUGUGCAAAAGAUCCCUGCAAAACACUGCAAUGCCGAACAAAGGAAACAUGCAAAGUGCAGAAUGGUCAACCAAGUUGUGUCCAUGAGUACAUGGGGACCUGUCAGGGCUCCACAUCCCACGAUAUCCGGACUUUUGAUGGCCUCAUCGUAGAAAUCCAACAUCCUUGCACCUAUACCUUUGUGAAGUCCUGCAGCAGCGACCCCAACCUUGUACCUUUCACAGUUGAAGAGAAGAGCAGCCACACGGACCACAAGGUCUCCUCCAAGAUGCAGCUAACUCGUAUCAAUGUGUAUGAUUAUAAUAUUACCAUCAGCCUGGGAGAAGGUACCCAAAUCAUGGUAAACGAUGUAGUUGGCAGCUUCCCCACCACCUUGGGAGAAGGAAAAAUCAAAAUCUCCAAGAACAAUGGGCUGCCUAUCAUUGAAACAGAUUUUGGCCUCCGGAUGAUGUAUGACGUGGACUUUGCUAUCGUGCUGACUCUCCCGAGUAGCUACUAUGGCACCACCUGUGGGCUCUGUGGGAACUUCAACGAAGACAGAGAUGAUGAUAUGACUUAUCUCAAUGGUACCCAAGCCUCUUCCAUUAUGGAAUGGGCUAGUAGCUGGAAAGUACCAGAUCAGAACUCUGCUUGUUUUGAGGCCUGUGAUGAGAGACAGGAGGAACUGUACAGCCACGAAAAGUAUUGUGGUGUGAUCAACCAAGUUUCAGGAGGACCCUUUGGCAUAUGCCAUCCCACAGUGAGCCCUUCUAAGUACUUCCGUGACUGCAUCCAUGAACUGUGUCUAAACAGAGGGGGGAAAGACACACUGUGCCAAAUGGUGGAGGCAUAUGCCACCGCCUGCCAAGAACAGGGCAUCACUACAGCUGAUUGGAGAACAGCAUCCGACUGUGAACUGGUGCACCCAGUCCACUGGACAAAUGAGACACUGCUUCCAGCAAGCCGCACCUGCCCUGACAACAGCCACUUCGAGGCCUGUGGAAGUGCCUGCCCAGCCACCUGUUCUGACCCAUCUGCUCCUUCCACCUGCCAAUUGCCCUGUAUGGAGACCUGCCAAUGCGACAAGGGUUAUGUUCUCAGCGACAGCAAAUGCAUCCCCGUAGAUAGCUGUGGCUGCAUCUCUAACGGUAUCCACUACAUGCCCAGGGAGGAAUUCUGGGCUGAUGAAAACUGCCAGUCUCGUUGCAAGUGUGACCCUAAGCUAGGCAGAGUGACUUGUUGGAAAGCCAGUUGCAAAGCCCACGAGAAAUGUGCUGCGGUGGAUGGAGUACGUCGCUGCAAAGGAACGACUUACUCCACCUGCAUAGGAACUGGAGACCCUCACUACACCACCUUUGAUGGAAAGAAGUAUGACUUCCAGGGUACCUGCGUUUAUCAGAUGGCGGCAGUCUGCUCCCAGGAUCCCACCCUUGCUCCAUUUUCGGUCACCGUGGAGAACAACCACCGAGGCAACAAGGCCGUGUCCUUCACCAAAGUCGUGACUCUGGAAGUCUACAAUAUGACCAUCAGCUUGAGCCAAGACUAUCCACGCAAGAUGCAGGUCGAUGGUGUCUUUGUGGACCUGCCCUUCUCCUAUGAAAAUAAGCUGAAGGUCUACAUAAGCGGAGUCCACGGCUUCAUCAAAACAGACUUCGACCUGAGAGUCAGCUUUGAUUGGUACAGCUACGCCAGGGUCAUUAUUCCUAAAGCUUAUGCCAACGGCAUGUGUGGGCUCUGCGGCAAUGCCAAUCAGGAUGCCAGCGAUGACUUCACCAUGAAGGACGGAACUCAGGCAAGGGACGAAAUCCAAUUUGCAGAUAGCUGGAAAGUGAAGGAUGUCCCAGGAUGUUCAGCGGGAUGUACCAGUAACUGCCAAGUGUGCGGAGAGGCAGAGAAAAAAGCCUACAAGAGUAACAAGUAUUGUGGGGUCCUCGUCAGAAAAGAUGGACCAUUCAGGCAGUGCCACGAAGCCAUUGAUCCAAUGUCCUUCUUUGAUGACUGUGUCUUUGACACCUGUCUGUACAAGGGCCAUCACGAUACCCUCUGCAGUGCCAUCAGUGCUUACGUGACAGCCUGCCAAGCUCAAGGCAUCCCAGUUGGGCAGUGGAGAUCAGCCUCCUUCUGCACUCCUCCAUGCCCAUGGAAUUCCCACUAUGAGCUCUGUGGAAACAGCUGCCCUGCCACUUGUCAAGGUCUCUCAGCACCAGAAACUUGCGAUGCUUCAUGUGUAGAAGGAUGCUUUUGUGACUCCGGAUUCAUCCUCAGCGGGGAUCAGUGUGUCCCUCUUGCAGAGUGUGGCUGUGUGCACCGAGACAGAUACUACAAGAAGGGGCAGGAGUUCUACCCAGACUCUUCCUGCCAGGAGAAGUGUCACUGCAUUGACCAUGGAGUGGUUGAGUGUCAGGAGUUCUCCUGUGGAGCACAUGAAGAAUGCAGGGUGGAGAAUGGCAUCCAAGGCUGCCACCCAGUGGGAUACGGAACAUGCAUAGCAUCGGGUGAUCCUCAUUACAUUACCUUUGAUGGACGAAGUUUUGAUUUCCACGGCUCCUGCACUUACACCUUAGCCCAAGUGUGCACUGAGAAUCCUCACCUAGAGAAGUUCUCAGUGGUGGUGGAGAAUGAAAAAUCCAAUGACAGUCCAUCUGUUUUCAUAAGGACUGUUGUGGUUUCGAUUCAUGGGUACACUGUUGUCCUUGAGAGAGGAAUGAAGUGGAAGGCAAUGGUGGAUGGAGAGCUACACACAUUGCCAAUGAGCAGAGAUGCUGGGAAACUCUGGAUUACCCAGGAAGGGAACAAUAUCAUUAUCAAGUCAUCCGUUGGUUUCACAAUCCUUUAUGACACUUUCUCUUACGUUCACGUGUCUGUCCCCAGCAUUUACCAAGGACAGAUGUGUGGUCUGGGUGGUAACUUCAAUGGUAACAUAAAUGAUGAUUUCAUGCUGCCUAAUGGGAAUCUUGCUCAAAAUGUGGUCGAGUUUGGGACCUCUUGGAAGGUCUCCAUGGAUGAUGUUAGUUGCUCCGAUGACUGUGGUGAGCAAUGCCCCACCUGUGAUGCUGCCAAGACAUCACGGUAUGAGACUUCCUGUAGAAUCAUCCUAUCCCAGUCGGGUCCUUUCAGAGACUGUCACUCUUUUGUCAACCCUGAUGAGUACUUCAGCCAUUGUGUAUAUGACAUGUGUGCAGCCAAUGGAAAUGGAGAAGCCCUUUGCCGUAGCCUUCAGGCCUACACAGCGGUAUGCCAAUUGAAUGGAGUCAAAACUGAAGCCUGGAGAACAGCCUCCUUUUGUCCUCUCUCCUGCCCAGCCAACAGCCACUAUGAGCUUUGCACCCGAUCUUGUGAUUACACCUGUGCAGCUCUAUCGGCUCCCUCUCUCUGCACUGGGGAGUGCUUUGAAGGAUGCCAGUGCAAUACUGGGUAUGUGUCUGAUGGGGAGGAAUGCGUCUCCAUGGACAAGUGUGGCUGUUCAUAUAAUGGGCACUACAUCAAGGCUGGAGAAACCAUCCUCUCUGGGAACUGUUCAGAGAAAUGUGCCUGUCACCCCUCAAGCAGGCUCAUCUGUCAGAAAAGCAGCUGUGGCGUGGGAGAGACCUGUACGCUCGCUGGCAAAGUGCGCAACUGUGUCAAGCAGGAAGGGCAAUGCAUGAUCACCCCCGGUGCCUGGCUCACCUCUUUUGAUGGUGCCAGAGGUAAACUCCUCUCCACGGGUGUCUACAAACUAGCCUCCUACUGCGAUGAGAACUCUCCUUCCUGGUUCAAGGUGGUGGUGGAUAUUAGUGAAUGCAAUGAGGACAGUGUGCCAGCCGGCACAGCCAUCUAUGUUUUCUUCCGGGAAGCUUUCAUCACAGUGACCAACCACUUGGAGACUUGGGUCAACGGUCUUCUGGUGCAGCUCCCACUGAAUGUCUCCGAGGCUGUAUCCAUCACCCAAUCGGAAGACACCGUUGUCAUUCACCAGAGCUCCAGGAUGCAGGUCCUUUUCCGUCCUGAUGGCGAAGUAUCCGUAAGAGUCAAGGACAGUCUAGCUGGAAAGAUGUGUGCUCCUUGUGGGAACUUCAACAAAGACAUCUCGGAUGACUUCAGGCUACCCAGUGGUCAGAUUGCAGGGGACAUUGCGGAGGUCAUGGAUGCCUGGAAGGCCAGAGAUUUCUCAGAGUGUUAUUAACAACUGGAGAGCCGGAUACUUCUUACGAUUGUCAUUUCUGAAAAGUCAUCGGAAGCAGUCUGGAACCACGCAUUGUACCUCCCAGGCACUUUCAGAUACUACAAUUGGUAAAAAUUUAGCCUGCAACCAAGACCAUGAAGAAAUGCAUUGUCAUGUCAAGACAUGGGGCCUGUGUUAAUACAGGACAGACCUAUCGAUGAAUAUGAGCAAUGAUUGCUAAGAAUGGAACUUCCAUGUUCGGAGGCAGUAUACCUCUGUGUACCAGAUGCAGUGGAGAAAGAGUAGGGAUGGUUAUCAACUAUAUGCCCUGCUUGAGAGCUUUCCAGUAGCAGCCGACUGGCCCCUGUGGGAGUCAGUUUGCUGGGGUAGCUGGACCUUCCACCUGAAUCACCGAGGCUGUUUUGACAUCAAUUCUAUUGAAUGUGUCCCAGUGAUUUGUGAAUUUUGAUGGGAAUAUAGCUUCCUUGGUGCCUUGUAAAUCGCAGCAUGUUCCGCAAUAAAAAACGUAGAAAGGCAUUGGGGUCUCUCAGCGACAGUAAAAGUCAGCCGGCUUAGGAAGGAAGAAGUAAACUCUUUGAAAAACC